AUGAGAAACUUCUCAGAAAGCAAGAAAAACUUUACUAAUGUCUUCUUUUUUAUAGCGGAUACCACACCGAUUCCUUCCGAAAAUGCCAUUGUAUUUCUAUCCUACAUUUUGCUAUACCUGACAUUUCCCCUGUCCAUAUGGUUUUGUUUGCAAUCGGUGGCCCAUUUUCAAAGGAUUGUCAUCUUUCGUUUGGGAAGAUUGAGAAAAGGUGGUGGUGUUCGUGGCCCCGGGCUGGUCUUCCUGUUGCCCUGCGUGGAUGACUACAUCAAAGUCGAUUUGCGUACCCAGUCAUUUGAUGUUCCGCCCCAAGAAGUUUUGACCCGUGAUUCGGUUACCAUACAAGUGGAUGCAGUGGUCUAUUAUAGCGUUCGCAAUCCCUUGGAUGCGGUCAUACAAAUCCGCAAUGUCCAUGAGUCGACAAAGCUUUUGGCCCAGACAACGCUACGUAACGUUGUGGGCACUAAGAAUUUAAUGGAAUUACUGACGGCCAAGGAAUCAAUGUCACGUACAAUUGGCAUGAUAUUAGACGAGGCCACAGAUCCAUGGGGUGUUAAGGUGGAACGGGUGGAGAUUAAACAAAUCCAGUUGCCCCGUGGCAUGCAGAGAGCCAUGGCCACGGAACGGGAAGCGGAACGUGAGGCCCAGGCAAAAAUUGUGGCAGCCAAUGGAGAACUGGAAGCCUCCCACAAUCUUAGGGAAGCCUCCGAUGUCAUGCGUGGAAAUCCCAUGGCUUUGCAGCUGAGGUAUUUGCAAACUUUGAACACCAUUUCCAAUGAGUACAACCAUACGAUCAUAUUUCCAUUUCCCGUGGAUGCGUUGAAAAGGAUUUUGGGAAAAUAUCGGACCGUUGCUUUGGAGGACUACAAAGGAUUGCUUUCGAUUUAUAUGAAAUUGAAAAUUACACAGGGCAUCACAAAAAACAUUUACGGCGAAAAUCCAGCAGAUUAUGAAAGUAGAGCCAAAAAAAAGAAGACAUGUGUAUUGGUGUUUUAAAAAUUUAUAUCGGAA